AUGUUUUCAUUUGCCUUUAAAAAAAAAGAAAAGGAGGAGGAUCAAUCAGUUGAGAAAAAACCAGAUGAAGAAAACAAAAACGGUGAAGAGGAGAAGAAUGAAAACAAAGGACCUACUGACGAUGAUAAAGGAAAAGAUGAGGCCAAUAAUGAGGAAAAGGUUGUAGAUAACAAAACCAAAAAUAAGCGAACGAGAAAAGCAACGGUUAGGAAAACGAAGAAGGGUAAAAAGGAAGAGGAAGAGGAAAAGGAAGUAAAGGAUGAAAAGGAAGAAAAGGAAGAAAAGGAUGAGAAGGAAGAAAAGGAAGAAAAGGAAGAAAAGGAAGAAAAGGAAGAAAAGGAAGAAAAGGAUGAGAAGGAUGAAAAGGAUGAGAAGGAAGAAAAGGAAGAAAAGGAAGAAAAGGACGAAAAGGACGAAAAGGAUGAGAAGGAUGAGAAGAACGAAAAGGAAGGGGAAGAGGAGAAAGAAAAGAAGGAAGACGAAGAUAAGAAAGGUAAGAAAGGAAAGAAAGAGCCGAAGGGUAAAAAGGUUGUUAAGAGGGGUAAAAAGAUGGCGAGUGAUGAAAAAGAAGAAAAUGAUAAGAAGGACGAAGGUGAUGAUGCUAAUGUGGAGAAUGACCAAGCAGACAAGGGAAAUGAAAACUAUGAAAUGAACAAAGAAUUAAAAGAGGAAGAAGAAUUAAAGGAUAAGGAUGCCAAGGCAAGCGCACUGACACUAGAAAUUUUAGGAGAUAUCCCAGAUGCUGAUUUAAAACCCCCUGAAAAUAUUCUCUUCGUUUGUAAAUUAAAUCCAGUAACAGAAGAAGAAGAUUUAAAAACAAUUUUUGCAAGAUUCGGGCCUAUAAUAUCCUGUAACAUUGUUAAAGAUAAGAUUACGAACAAUUCGCUUCAGUAUGCUUUUAUCGAAUUUGAAAAAAAAGAAGACUGUUUAAAUGCUUAUUUCGAAAUGGAUAAUGUUAUUAUUGAUGAUAGAAGAAUACAUGUGGAUUUUUGUCAGUCGUUAUCAAAAUAUAAAGGAGAAAUUAAAAAUUGGAAAAUUGAAAAUGAAGCUGUCCUGGAAAAUAUAAAAAAAAGAAAUUUGGAUCAAGAAAGCACGAAAAAGAAGGAGAAAAGUGACGAAGAGAAUGGUGAUCCAAAUGAUGAGGGAGAUGGUAUUCGCGUGUUUAAAUAUGAAAGUGAUAAUAGUGCAAAAGAAUAUGAAACCAAUUCAAAUAAAGAAGGAAAAAAAGAUAACCAUUAUGAUAGCCCCAACAACAAUGAUAAUGGUAGUAACAAGAAUGAUUAUGAUAAUAAUAACAGAAGAUAUAACCCCACAAAAUAUUAUAAAGAGAGUUAUAAUAAUUACUCAAGUCAACAACCGUAUAGAAAAUAUCCCUAUAAAUACAGAUAUAAUAAUAAUUACAAUACUCCCUAUGAAAAAAAUUUUUAUUAUCGAAAAUAUUAUAACAAUAAUUAUUUUGAUAAAUAUAAUUAUUAUGAUAAAGUAAGAAAAAAUGGUGUCUUUAAUAAACGAAAUUAUUCACCAAGGGAUGCAGAACGCAGAAAUGAUGAUUACAUUAAUCGAUACAGUAAAUACAAAAGAGAACGUAGUUAUUCUCGUGCAAAUUCACCCAAAAAAGGAUUAGAUACGGGAGAUCAAGGAAAAAAUGAAAAUAGAGAAUAUAGUAGCAAAUCAAUUGAAAAGUCCCCAGGAGAAGGCAAAAAUGAUGAGCAUCAUGCUCGUGGUAGCCAUGAAGAAGAAGGAUAUUCAAAUGAUAAUAAUGCAAAUGAGAAAAAGGGGAAAGAAAAAGGGGAAGGUGAUGAUGGUGCUUCUGGACAUGACAGACAUAAUGAUAAUAACAAAUGUGAAAAUGAAAAAGGAGAUGGAAAUGUAGAACGUUAUUCUAAUUAUAACUAUAAAACACAGAAAAAAUCAAAUAGAUCACCUUCGUAUUCUGUACGAAGUGAUGAUAAAGAAGAAAACAGGGAAUACAUGAAACAUGAUGGAUAUAAUAAAAAUUAUUAUUAUGAUAAAAAACGCAAAUAUGGAGAUUAUAGUGGUGUGGACGAUUAUGAACAGAGAGGUGCUAAUGAUUAUGGGUAUUACAAAGGAUCUUACAAUAAAAGACUGAAAAGAUAUCCCAGUAGUGAAGACAUUGGAAGGUACGAUAGGGGUUAUCUAAAGUAUUAUGACAGAUAUGAUAAACAAUAUUAUCCAAAGCAUGAUCGUAAUAAUUUCUACGAUGUGAAUAAGAAAUAUUACGACACCGAUAAGAAAUAUUACGACACCGAUAAGAAAUAUUACGACACUGAUAAGAAAUAUUACGACACCGAUAAGAAAUAUUACGACACCGAUAAGAAAUAUUACGACACCGAUAAGAAAUAUUACGACACUGAUAAGAAAUAUUACGACACUGAUAAGAAAUAUUACGACACCGAUAAGAAAUAUUACGACACUGAUAAGAAAUAUUACGAAACGGAUAAGAAAUAUUACGAAACGGAUAAGAAAUAUUACGACACUGAUAAGAAAUAUUACGAAACGGAUAAGAAAUAUUACGACACUGAUAAGAAAUAUUACGAAACGGAUAAGAAAUAUUACGACACUGAUAAGAAAUCAUAUAAAUAUAAAAAUGAUGAAUACAAAACGCACAAUAGAGAAAAUUCAUAUGAUAAGUACGAUGAGAAAAAAAAAACAUACACAAAGAGAAGCGGGUCAUACGAUUACAAGGGAGAUAAGAAAAAAUACAGUGAUAAAAACGGGGAUUAUUAUAAUAAAACAAAAUAUAGCAAAUAUGAUUCUCAUGAAAGGGAUGAUAAUAAGAAGUAUAAUAAGGAUCAUAAAGCAUACAGUAGCACCUACAAAGAGGAAAAGAAUUCUGGAAAAUAUAAAGAAAAAACUUACGAUCGUGAGGAUGACGAAGAAAAUACUUUAAAAUCGUCCAAAUAUUAUAAUAAGAAGGAAGAUAAAAAGUGGAACGAUAAACGAGAUGACAAACGUGAUGAUAGAAAUUAUUAUAAAGAUACCAAGUCACGACAAAAAGAUGAUUACAAAUAUGAUGACCUAGACAAAAGUAAGCGUGAUAAAUUGCAUGAUCGAAAAAAUAAAGCAUAUGAUAGUAGGGAUCGGGUAAAUGACAAAAAAAGCAGUAACUACUCAAAAAGUAAAAAGGGAAAACAUUCGGAUGGAAAAAAAGACGAUGAUUAUGACACACCUCCCAGUACUCGAAGAGAUAAAAAAAACAAAGAUACCAAAAAACGUAAGUCAAAAUCUUUUUCUGAUGUAAGUAAUAACAGCUCAAGUAAAUAUGUUUCCAAAAGCAAAAAGCAAAAAAAGGAAAAGUAUUCAUCUAAAGAUAAAAAAAAGGACAAGAAAAAGAAAAAUUAUGAUGAAGAUUACGAAAAAUAUGAUAACGCCGCUAGAAAUUCAAAAAAUUCCUAUUCAAAUAAAAAGGAUGAUAAAAACAAUUCCUACGAUUCUAAAUCACAAUCGGCUAAUUCAUCUUAUUAA